AUGAAUUCUGGGCUUCAACAACAUCUCCACAACACGCGUCAUAUGUACUCAGGUACAUGCAUGAAGAAUCGAAGAAGAAAUGGAGUUAGAAUAAUUGAGUGGAGCAAGGAUGAAGAAGAUAAAGCUCAAAAGAAAGAGGGAGAGAAGCGAUAUUACCUAGGGGAUCUUCAAGACACCAUUGAUAAGGUCCAAAAUCACUCCCAUCAGAGAAGGCACACAGAUUCAUAUUGUGGCUUAACUGAUCUUGGUUUCUAUGGCCCCAAAUACACAUGGUCUAAUGGUAGAGGUCCUGGUUCCAUAGUGUGGAAAAGGUUAGACAGAGGCUUGGCUAAUGAUGAAUGGUUAACCUCCUUCCCUGCAACCACUAUCACUCAUUUGGCAUCUGCAGGAUCUGAUCAUUCUCCCCUCUUGCUGGAAAUCAAUGUCAGAAAUGAAAAUCCAAAGAGGUAUUUCAAGUUCCUGAACUGUUGGACUGAAAAUAAGACUUUUUUACCUCUGGUUCAAUCAGUUUGGACCAGACCCUUCCAAGGGAAUCCAAUGUGGGUUUUUCAUCAGAAAAUUAAAGCCCUAUGUUCAGAAUUAAGUCAGUGGUCAAGACAACAAUAUGGGGACAUCUUUCAAAGGGUUAAAGAAUUUGAAAACAAGGUGAGGGAAGCUGAGGAAAGGUGGGCUCAUUCCAACAAUGAAAAAGACAGAGCUAUCCUUCAUGAAUUGAAUGCCCAAUAUAUUAAGCAUUUAAAGACUGAAGAAGCAGUCCUUAGGCAAAAAACUCAGCUCAAUUGGUUCAAAGAGGGAGAUGCUAACUCCAAAUACUUCCACAGUUUGAUCAGGGGGAGGAGGAGAAAGCUGUUCAUCCAUAAAAUCAAGAAUGAAAAUAAUGAAUGGAUUCAAGGUGAUGAGGCCAUUGGUGAAGCUGCCUGUGAUCAUUUUCAAGAACUUUUCACUGACCAAGGAGGUAUGAUCAGAGAAGAUCUACUUUCCUGCAUUCCAAAUUUGAUAACUGAAGAAGACAAUACAGCCCUUAGCAAGGAACCCACAAUUGAUGAAAUCAAGGCAGUAAUAUUCUCCAUGAAUCCUACCAGUGCUGCUGGUCCUGAUGGAUUAAAUGGAAAAUUCUAUCAACACUGCUGGGAAAUAAUCAAGCUGGACAUUUUCAAUGUAGUGAAUGCCUUCUUCUGUGGAUAUUCUAUGCCCAAGCAUAUGACACAAGCAUGCCUGGUUCUUCUCCCAAAGACAGAAUUUCCCAGUUCCCUUUCUGAUUUCAGACCAAUUAGCCUAAGCAAUUUCAUCAAUAAAAUCAUCUCCAAGCUCAUUUGCCACAGACUUGCCCCUAUCCUUCCCAGAAUUAUCUCACCAAAUCAAACUGGUUUUGUGAAGGGUAGAAACAUCUCUGAAAAUAUCAUGUUAGCUCAGGAAAUAGUGCAAGGCAUCAAAAAACCCAAUGUGGGAGGUAAUGUGGUCAUCAAAUUGGAUAUGGCUAAAGCUUAUGAUAGAGUUUCAUGGGCAUUCACAUGUAUCAUCAUGAGAAGAUUAGGCUUCAAUGAAAGGAUCAUAGACAUGGUGUGGAGAACCCUCUCUAAUAACUGGUAUUCAGUUAUUGUUAAUGGCACAAGAUGUGGUUUUUUCCACUCCACAAGAGGCUUAAAACAAGGAGAUCCUCUUGCACCUGCUCUAUUCAUCAUAGGUGCUGAACUACUCUCCAAAAUGCUCAACAACAUGACUCAUGAUCAAUUUUUCAAUGGUUUCUACAUGGAGAGAAGAGGACCCCAAAUAACCCACCUCAGUUUUGCUGAUGAUAUCAUUAUCUUCACUUCUGGAAGUAGAUACUCCCUUCACAAAAUCAUGGGCAUUCUCCAAGCCUAUGAACAAACCUCUGGCCAACUGAUCAACAAGAAUAAAAGUCAUUUCAUGGUCUCCCCCUCUGCUUUCCAGUCUACCAGCAGGAGAGUCACCCAAAUCACAGGCUUUUCCAGGAAAAAUUCUCCAAUUACCUACCUUGGCUGCCCCCUAUACACAGGAAGGAAAAGAAUCAUUUUCUUUAACUCCAUCAUUUCUAAAGUGGUCAGUAAAAUAAGAGGAUGGCAUGGUAAGAUUCUCUCUCAUGGGGGUAGGGCCACACUCAUCAAGCAUGUUCUCCAAUCUCUACCCAUCCAUUUGCUCUCUGCAGUCUCCCCUCCAAAAACAGUGUUGAAACAAAUUGAAAAGCUAGCAGCUAACUUCUUCUGGGGCAUGGAUCACAACAGAUAUAAGUAUCAUUGGGCUUCAUGGCAAAAAUUGGCCAAGCCUCAAGAGGAAGGGGGAAUAGGCCUCAGAAAUAUAGAAGAUGUGUGUAGGUCCUUAGAGUUCAAGCAAUGGUGGUGGUUUAGAACCAAGGACUCUCUAUGGAGCAAGUUUCUCAAAGCUAAGUACUGUCAGAGAUCUCAUCCUGUCUCCAAAAAAUGGGACUCUGGCCAAUCUCAAGCCUGGAAGAAAAUGAUGUCUAACAAGAAAGAUGUUGAGCAACAUAUCCAAUGGCACCUUAUAUCUGGUAAUUCAUCCUUCUGGUGGGAUAAUUGGUUGGGUACAGGCCAUCUAGCACCUCUCAGAACAUCAGGAGGUAGACCAGGCAAUGUCCAGGUCUCUCAAUUUUGGGAUGCAGGGGUAUGGAAUACUCAAAAGCUAUCCAACCUAGUCCCUGCACAUGUGAUUGAAACCAUUCUCCAAACACCCAUAUUCUAUGCUCCUCAAACACCUGACAGACCCAUAUGGAAACCUACUUCUACAGGUCAAUUUACAUCUGCCUCUGCAUGGAAAGUGAUAAGGAACAAGGGACCUCUCCUUUUUUUGAACAAGAAAAUCUGGCACCAACAAAUUCCAUUCAAAUGGUCCUUCUGCUUGUGGAGAGCCUUAAGGAAUAAGCUCCCCACUGAUGACAGAGUAGCAAUGUUUGGUCCUCCUUCUGUGAAUAGAUGUGUUUGCUGUAGAAAGCACCAAGCUGAAACUAUCAGUCACAUAUUCAACACUGGCCACUUUGCCAAAGCUAUCUGGAAAAACUUCACUGCUACAGUUGGCUUCCCUUUCUCUGAAAUGCCUUUGAACACCCUUCUCUUGAAAUGGUGGUCUUUAAAAACCAAAAAUGAAGUUCACAGUUUGCUCAUAGAUACUUUACCCAUCAUCAUUUGCUGGAACUUAUGGAAGAACAGAUGUGCAGCUAAAUAUGGCACCAAGCAAUCCUCAAUGGCUAGGGUCAUCUACUCUAUCAAUUCUGAUAUCAACCUAAUGCUCCAUGCAAAGUACCCCACUCUCCCCUGGCCUACUGACUGGUCUUUACUGUACCUCUUCUCUGAAACCCUCCAAUUCCAAAUCACAACUACACUAGUCACUUGGCAAAAACCUCCCCCAAACUAUGUAAAAGUAAACUCUGAUGGUAGUGCCCUGCUUAAUCCUGGCAAGAUUGGAGCAGGUGUUAUAAUCAGAGACCAUCAAGGGGACUUCAUUCAUGCAAUUGCAGCUCCUUUGGGGGAAGGUUCCAACAACUUAGCUGAAACUGAAGCUGCCCUGAUAGGCAUCAGAUGGUGUAUUGAUAAUGGUUUUACCAAAAUCUACCUGGAAACUGACUCUGCUCUCCUCAUUCAUUGGUUAACCAAUGGCACCCCUCCUCCCUGGUCCAUAGUAAAUUCUGUACAAAAACUGCAACAACUGGGCCACCAAUGUUCUCAAGGCUCCUCACCACUUUCUCCUCAAACAACUGGUCUGGUUCACCUUACCAAAAUCAAACCAGUUGAACAAUUUUCACCACACCUACACAGCAAGAACCUCACAUAUGGAGCCUGGUUCUCUUCACCCAGAAACAUGGAUACAUCAGGAGCCUCCAUAUACCUGAAUGCAGUCUACACAAGAACCUGCAAUCAGGUUAUGGACCAGGGAUCAUCAAUGCUCCCCUCUCCCCAGUUCAAGGAGAUGGAUUGGUCACUUGGUAUGCCUUCAGAUAGUGGUAUUAACAUCACAGAUGUUCAUUCUACUGAAGGUACACCAAGUACACCAAAAAUUCUCCCUCAGCAGCCAGGUUACCAAACACAAGUGGACAACCCUCUACUGUCAGCACCACUGCCAAUUCCAACUGCCAAAGCACAGCUGCCAAGAACUAUGCCAGGUGCAGAUGCAGUUGCAGAAUAA